AUUGACAGGAAUGUGGCUGUCGUUGCGAGAGUUGUGUCAAUAAUAAUAGCAUUCAUUUGCACCGAGAGAUCGAGCAUCUGAAGCGCCAAUUGGCUGAACGCGAGUAUCACAUCAUGUCUAUGGAGAGCCAAAUCAUGCUUCACGCCCGACGGUUCCCCAACGGCGAGAUGAAUGCCAUGCAGGAGAGCCUACUCUUCUGGCAGGACAAGUAUGAACGUUUACUCGAAGGCCACAGAAAACUGCAAAAAGUGAACCAAGGAUUAGAGGAUAAGCUGUUGAGAAUUGCCGACAAAUUCGAGAACGAGAAGUCGGCGCUCACUCAGGAUGUCUCGGAACUCACCAAUAGGUUAGUCGACGCCAGGGUUUCGAUGGCUGAGUUGGAGGAAGAGAGCGAUCAAUACAAGAAUGACUGCAAUAUUGCCGUUCAGUUAUUGCAAUGCAAACCAACGAACUUUGUUUCCCAUAAGAUUAAUACACUUCCCACAGACCUUCAGGAGAGGGUUAAGCUUCAGAUGAACCACAGGAGGACACGAAGCACUCCAUGCAAUACCGCUCUUGAUAUGCCUAACAACUCGAAUCCAAGUAACGGCGCCCGUAUCAUACGAGUGCCGAUCCCCACAUUCCCGCCGACAGCUAUGGUGUACUCCAUAAACGAAGAGUCGCUUCCAGUCACUAACGGAGCGAAUGCUCAAAACGAUAACAAUGUUUGUCCCGAUUAUGUGUCGGCAGCUAUAAUGGCAAAGGUUUUAGAGGAAAGGGAUAAAGAGAGAAGGCAUAAGAAGUACCAGAAGUGCCAUCAUUGCCGCAAUAGGCGGGCAUAUGUCCAGUACAUCGACGACGAAACGCAAACCAAUAACGCAGUUCUCAAUAACGAAGACUAUCACUACUCGAACCCCAUAUACAACAGACAAAGAUCCGAGUCUUCCUCGAGUAUGGAAUCCAUUAAUACCAGUAAUGGUUACAACGUCUCCAAGAAUUGCAACGAAACCAUAAUUAUAUGAUUUUGUAUUUGUAGUGAACAAUUCUUUUGUUUAUAGCUUUUCAUUACAUUUUGUUUACAUUUUUGAAAGUUUAUCACAAUUUAGUUGAAUAUGUUGUCGAAAUACUCAUUCGAAGUCAUGGAUAAAAGUUUUGUUACAGAUUUUAUAGCAAUUAUUUUUAGUUAUUUAUUUAAUAGCAAUAAUUUUCAUAUGAAUUUGUGACGAUUGUGUUUAAUAAGUGAAUUAAAACA